UUUCUAGGCUAUUGGCUGUGGUUGGCUCUGCUGAUGGAAGGACUCGGAUGGAUCGAGUUACACCAUUUGCCGUGCAUUAGUUUGUUUUUCCCCGCUCGGAACGCAGAGAGACACUUCAAGCUUGACUCAAGAGUUGUUGCGAUCCAAAUCGCGUAAAGAGAAUCACGGAUUCAGAUGAGAAAAUGCAGCGUUACGAACGUUUGAGCCGGUAAAAAAAAAUGGGGAAAAGGAAAAGAAACGAAAAGAAAAAGAUUUCCAAAACAUCAGAAGUGCUCUAGUUCUAUUUGUGCAGCGCAAAAAAAAAAAAAAAGAACUGGAGCUAUUUUUAUUCACCCUGUUACCCGUUCACAUCGAUUCGGAUUGUUUAUAAGCGGAGUGACGCACGCGCUUAAAGUUCUUCAUUCUGAAGAGUAGAGCUCGAAUUAAUUACUUAGUUGGCUUUAGGCUAUUUGGUUUGGGUUGUAUUGGUAUGGUUUGGUGAAUGACGGGGGGGUGGUACUAGAGGAGAGGGAGGGUCUUGGUGCCAUUUGAUCGGUGAGCUUUUGAAGAUCACAAAGCUUUAUCCCGAGGACGAGCUGGACGAGCCCCACGGGCUCCAGGAAUUGUUUUGCGUGGUUCGGAUAAAGCAAACACAUGAGGAUCUUUUGGCUUUAUGGACCGACCUGCACACAUGCUUUCUGAUCUUCACUGGAUUUAAUAGCGUAAAACACUUUGGAAUAUAACGCGGAGGGUGUCAUAGUCUACAUGCUCGUUUGGAGAACGUUCAGGUAACAUUUACAUAAGUGCAGUACAGGAGGUGUGUGACCUCUGUGCCAGCAAUGGGGUGGCGAGAACUGAUGAUUGACCUACUGCUACUGCUGUUGUUGGUGUCCCAUCUGGAGGCUGUGAGCUUUCCUGAGGACAACAUCCCUUUAGACGUUGUGGACCGACACUAUGCACGACAGUACCCCGUGUUCCGUGGACGCCCCUCUGGCAACGAAUCUCAGCACAGACUGGACUUUCAGCUGAUGACCAAGAUACAUGAUACGCUUUUCAUCGCGGGCAGGGACCAGGUGUAUUUAGUGAGUCUGAGAGAGUCCUACAGGAAUGAGAUUAUUCCAUACAGGAAGCUGACGUGGCGGUCAGGACAGGCGGACAGGGAGACAUGUGCCAUGAAGGGAAAGCACAGAGACGAGUGCCAUAAUUUCAUUAAAGUCCUGGUUCCGAGAAACGAUGAUCUUGUGUUCAUCUGCGGAACAAAUGGUUUCAACCCCAUGUGCCGUUACUACAGGUUGGAUAACUUGGAGUUUGAUGGAGAAGAGAUCAGCGGUUUGGCCCGAUGCCCGUUUGACGCCAAGCAGACGAACGCUGCCCUGUUUGCUGAUGGUAAGCUGUACUCAGCGACGGUGGCAGACUUCCUGGCCAGCGAUGCUGUGAUUUAUCGCAGCAUGGGAGAUGGUUCUGCUCUUCGCACCAUCAAGUAUGACUCUAAGUGGUUAAAAGAGCCACAUUUUCUCCACGCCGUAGAUUAUGGGGAUUUUGUCUACUUCUUUUUCAGAGAAAUCGCAGCUGAGCACAACAACUUGGGAAAGGCGGUUUACUCCAGAGUGGCUCGGAUCUGUAAAAAUGACAUGGGAGGGUCUCAGCGGGUGCUGGAAAAACACUGGACAUCUUUUGUUAAGGCUCGCCUGAACUGUUCCGUUCCUGGAGAAUCGUUUUUCUACUUUGACGUCCUCCAGGCUAUUACGGACAUCAUCGACAUUAAUGGGGUGCCUUCUGUGGUUGGAGUUUUCACCACACAGUUGAACAGUAUCCCUGGCUCUGCGGUGUGUGCGUUCUCCAUGGUGGACAUUGAGAAUGCAUUCCAUGGCCGUUUCAAAGAGCAAAAGACGCCAGAUUCAGUGUGGACGCCAUUUCCAGAGGAGAAGCUGCCAAAGCCCAGACCUGGCUGCUGUGCGGGACAUGGUUCAGCAGAGUCUUACAAAACUUCAAUCGAGUUUCCAGACGAGACCCUUCAGUUCAUUAAGUCACACCCACUCAUGGACGCCUCAGUCCCCUCCAUUGGAGAUGAACCGUGGUUCACCAAAACAAGAGUCAGGUACAGGCUCACGGCACUCGCCGUUGAUAACACUGCAGGACCCCAGAAGAAUUACACGGUGGUUUUCAUUGGCUCUGAGGCAGGCAUGGUCCUAAAAGUUCUGGCUAAGACGUCCCCACUGUCUUUGAAUGACAGCAUCCUAUUAGAGGAGAUCGAUGUUUUCAACCAAGCCAAGUGUUUAUCCAGCAAUGAGGACGAUCGGCGAAUUCUGUCUUUCCAUCUAGAUAAAGACACCCACACACUCUAUGUGGCCUUUUCCAGCUGUGUGGUCAGAAUACCACUCAGCCGCUGUGAACGACACAGUUCCUGUCAAAAGUCUUGUAUUGCAUCUAGAGACCCCUACUGCGGCUGGAUGGCACAUGGAGCUUGUGAGCGCAUUCCUGCAGCUGUGCAAACUGGUUAUGAGCAAGAUGUUGAAUACGGCAACACAGCUCACCUCGGCGAUUGUCAUGAAUUUUUGGCCACUACAUCAGCGCCAGAUUUCAAAUCAUAUGGCGACCCAACCUCUGACAUGGAGUUGCCAUCAUCGUCAGUCACAGUGCCCGCGACCUCUGAACCCAUACAAUCACCCCAAACCAUCCCCACUCAGAUUCCCCAACUCUUUGGCUCACGGAAAUUUGUGCUCCAAGAUGACCCAGCCACUUCACGUUCUGUUGAGCAUAUACCAGGUGUGCUGGAGGGUGUGUGGGAAAUACAAGCAGGUGAAUCUAACCAGAUGGUGCAUAUGAAUAUCCUUAUCUCCUGUGUGUUAGCUGCAUUCCUGCUCGGUGCAUUCAUCGCUGGCAUGGUCGUUUACUGCUAUAGAGAUGCUUUCCUUCGCACUCCACGCAAGAUCCAAAAAGAUGCAGAGUCAGCACAGUCAUGCACUGAUUCCACUGGCAGCUUUGCCAAGCUCAACGGUCUGUUCGACAGUCCUGUGAAAGAGUACCAUCCCAAUAUGGAUACUCCCAAACUUUACACCAACCUGUUGAGCAAUGGGAGGGAGGUGCCAACCACCGGAGACACUAAGACGAUGCUCUUGAGUGGGCAGCCACCAGAACUAGCAGCACUGCCUACACCCGAGUCCACACCAGUGCUGAAACAAAAGAGCCUUCAGCCAAUUAAGAACCAAUGGGAGAGAGCUCAUGGAAAGAUAAGUGGCUCCCGCAAAGAUGGGCCACCCAAAAGCCAGCAGUACAUUCCUUCCAGUCCCCCACCCCAUUCCACUGUCAGCAACCCCCACAUCCCCAGUGCCGUGGUACUGCCCAAUGCCACACAUGAGAACAGGGCAGCCUUCAGUACUUCUGGAGGGCCUCAAGCAGAAAAGAAGAUCCAGAAUAGUGAUCAACAUAGUUCCAAAUCUGGCCGUAAAGAUCAGCGGCGUACUGUGGAUGCCAAGAACACACUGAAUGACCUCUUGAAGCACCUGAAUGAGAGCAACCCCAAGGCUAUCAUGGUGGAGAUGCCCAAAUCCCGACAGCACCUAAUGCUGGAACCCAUUGUAAGCCCAACGGAGAUUCCACCCAAAGUCCCAAGCCGAGAGGCCUCCUUGUACUCUCCCUCUUCCUCUUUACCCAGGAAUAGCCCAACCAAGAGACUGGAUGUGCCAACUACACCAACAUCGCCCACAGGGCAGAUGGGCACUCUCGAGAGACAGCGGUAUCACCGCAGUUCAUCCCAGCGACACUCCAUUUCCUCGCCGCCCAAAGGGCUGCACUCACCUGGCGGGGUCAUAGUGUCCCGGCAACCUAGUUUGAACAGAGGUGGGUACAUGGCCCCAACUCCUACCCCACCCACUAGACUAGACUCUCACGGGGUACCAAUGGCUAUGACACCUUCCAUGUCCCGGCAGAGCAGCUACAGUGGUCAUGGGUCUUUACCACGAACAUCCAUCAAACGGACAGCAUCGUUAAAGCCCGAUGUGCCAGCCAAACCCAAUGGCUUUGCACCACAGACUGCACAAAUGAGGGCUGUAAACAAGUAUAGCUACUGAAAUGCUUAGCAGGAUCUUACUCUAUGAAUGGACAGUGGGAGUAAAAGUGUUUGGCCCGCAGAGAUAUGGCGUGCCAGUCUCUGUUCCCUAUGAAGGGAAAUGAAUCGGAUGCCAGAGCUUCUGUUUCGGGUAGUUGUGCUAUUUCUCAAUGACGUUGUCCUGUCACGCUUGAGUGGCAGGUGACAGAUUCUGAUCUUCAAGGCGGCAGGGACGCUGAGGUCAUAGGUCACAGCUGACAUGCAGCAUAAAGCAGCUGCGUAGUUGCUGCGGCUAUCGGGCAGCGUAUGCUCCCCUAUGCACUGUUCUCCCCAUCAAUGUGAACCAUAUUUGUUAGACUGUUUGGAAAAUAUGAUAUUCUUGCUUGGAUAUCUCUCCAGAAGACAGACAGAGUGAAAGGGACAUGUUGCGUGUCUGUGUUUGAUUAGUCCCUGGGGCUAACCAGUGUGCAUUCAUUGACCAUGUUUUUUUCAGUAAACUGAGAAUAAGCUUGAGUCAUCGCUGUCAUAAAACUAAAUCCCAUUUAAGGUGCAUUAACAUCAGAUGUGUUUGGACACAGAAGUCCAGACAUUAAUUAAUAAUUUCUGCGUGCAAAAGAAAUGUCCAGGGCUCCUGCUUGGACUACUGAUUUUGAAACUCACAGGGUAAAGGUGCCCUCAACAUU